AUGUCAACAACAACAGACAGCAGCAGAUCCGGCGCGGACGGCCUCGGGGCCAACAACGCGCACAAGGGGUACAAGGACACGAAAACUACGACGACGCACCCCCCCGGCGUCCCCGGCCCGGACCACUCCGCCCGCGACACCCUCCGCAAGCAGGCCAAGCCCGUCUUCAACCGCGGGCCCUCGAUGCUCGACUUCACCGCCGUCACGUCCGCGGGGCCCACGCCCGCCGGCGAGGUGCCCCCCUCGGCGUCGUACUUUGACGGCUCGCGGCUGCGCGAGUCCCACCUGCCCGACAAGGAGGAGGAAGAGCAGCAGCCAGAAGAGGCCAUGAGGAGGCAGACGGUCACCGAGACGGACUCGGAGCUGCCCCGGCGGGUCCCAGGCGACGAGGUCCAAGGGGUGGAUGCCUUUGCCCCGCGGACGUCGCGCCGGGAGACCGAGGGCAGUGCGCAGGACAGGACGAGCGGGUGGACUGGGGCCAAUGACACGUUUGGGGGUCAUACAUAG